GACAUUAAGUAGUUGCGACAUCUGGCUCAGGUGAAGAUACAAUCAUAAGUGAGCGUGAAUGCUAUUUCUGACAUCCGACAGGUACGAGUCGUGCCUGUGUUUAUUUUAUUUUAUUAUAUUAAAACACUGAAUAGUCUAGUGCUGAUGGCAAGGUGGAGAACGGGAUAUUAGCAAACCCCAAAGGACGCCAUCAAGCAAAUCAUGAUAUGAGUGAGGAGACUGUCCUGACCGUCUCCAACGCUACGGAUUGCAAUGUAUCGAUGCAAGCAGAUCAGAAAGCAAAGCUGCCAGAGUCGGAUCUCUCUGACGCUCCCACACCUCGAAAGCAGCGUGAGGUUUAUGAUGGCGUUGGAGCCAAAGCCAAUACUCGUUCGCCAGUCCACUGCAACAUCAUCCUGCUGCUCGUCGCGAUCAACAACACGAUCGUGUGGACGGCUAUUGGCUUGAUGAUGCCAUUCUUUGGUCGGGAAGCGCUGAACAAAGUACCUAGUGCGAGUUUUGCAAAUCAUUUCGCCAUUGGUCUGAUAAUCAGCAUAGCAACACUUGUGGAAUUUCUCGCUGCUCCAAUCUUCGCCAAGGACAUUGUGAAUGUUGGAAGUAAGUUGAUGUUAGUUAUGAGUACAUUCGAGAUCAGUGCUAUGAUAUUUCUGUUUAGUUUUGUCGGUAAAAUCGAGUCGUGGAGUAUCUUCCUGGCAAUGUGCCUCUCUAUCCGCUUAGUGCAAGGCAUUUCAACAGCAGCAAACUUUGUUUCUUCAUUUUCCCUACUGGUCGGUGCCUUCCCGGAGUCGAACGGAUUAGUGAAUGGAGUGUUGAGGUGUGCUAAUGGAGUAGGUUAUGCUAUAGGUCCGGCAUUAGGCGGAGUUCUGUAUGACGUGGGUGGAUUUGCUCUUCCUUUCUACGUCGUCAGUGGUGUUCUUGGAAUCAACCUUGUUCUUCUCGUCAUGUUCCUGCCGUCCAUUGAAACGGAGUUGUCUUCAGUCAAGCUGAAGAGCAACAUUAGUUAUUGUCGGCUGCUUUCUAUACCCUGGGUGUGGAUGGUGCUCAUCAGCAUAUUCAUUGGCGUGUUAAUCAUGGGAUUCACAGAGCCAGUUCUCGCCGUGUACCUGAAGCAUGCAUUCAACCUACCGACUCUAUAUGCUGGAAUUGCUUAUGCUAUCCAGAGUGUUACGUUCAGUGGGGCCACUCUGCCCAUAGGCUAUUGGGUCGAUCGCUCGCUUAACCCCAGGCUCAUGCAAGCCGUUGGUCUCUUCAUAUGUGGAAUAGGCUGUCAGCUAGUUGGCCCUGCUCCUUUUCUACCCCUGCCAAAGUCAGUGGCUUUCACCUACCUAGCUAUGGUGCUGUUUGGCAUGGGAUGGGGCUUUACCGCUGUGUCGUCAGUACCUGAUAUUCUCAGAACUCUGGAUGCUCAUGGCUUGGGCAGUCCGGGGGAGAUGCGCGCUGCAGCUGCUGGCCUCUUCCAAGCAGCAGCCUCUCUUGGCUAUGGUGUUGGGCCAAUGCUGGGCAGCACAGUAACGGCAGCCGUUGGGUUUGAGUAUGGCACCUCGAUGUUGGGUGCAGUGUAUUUGCUCUGGACUGUGCUCUUCUCCAUUGCUGCAGCCAGCAGUGACAAACUGCUCAUUGUACAGCUUGAGAAUCUCGUGAAAGGUCAUUCUUAAACCAUUAAUUUCAUUGCCAGAAAACGUUAUUUAUUUUCCACUUCGGAGUUUUUUUGGAGCCAGGUGUCAGGUCGUUGAAUGUCUCAAUAUCGCUGUCAGUUUAAUGCCUUGUUGUCAUACUACCUGACUGUAUAACAUAUCGUUACCUUAGCGAACUGUUAGUCAUAACUCCUAUCUUAUUGGUCGUUUCUUCUCACUUAAUACUAUUGGCUCAACAUCCGAUUGAUAAUUUAUUUUCAUCACAUUUUUUCGCUUUAAACACUUCUCGCGUACUUCAGUAACAAAUUCACAUGCAUGA